AACUCGAAAUCGAUACCAAAAUAAACAAACAACGACAGCAUGGAUAAGACAACGACACUGCUUUUGUUCUUCUUCUUGUUCACAUUCCUCACGACUUCUUUCUCUAAAAACCUAUGUAACCAAGAUGACAAAACCACCCUCCUGAAGAUCAAGAAAGCCCUAAACAACCCUUACCACCUCGCCUCGUGGGACCCUCGAACAGACUGUUGCUCCUGGUACUGCCUCGAGUGCGGCGACGCCACCGUUAACCACCGCGUCACCGCCCUAACCAUAUUUUCCGGUCAGAUCUCCGGUCAGAUCCCGCCUGAGGUUGGUGACUUGUCGUAUCUACAGACCCUUGUCUUCCGCAAACUCACUAACCUCACCGGUCAGAUCCCACGCACCAUCGCCAAGCUCAAGUAUCUCCGGAGCCUCAGGCUCAGCUGGACGAAUCUGACCGGUCCAGUUCCUGGUUUUCUCAGUGAGCUCAAGAAUCUCCAGUGGGUAGACCUUUCCUUCAAUGAUCUCUCUGGUUCAAUACCGAGUUCUCUGUCUUUGUUACCUAAUCUUGUGUCCCUUGAUCUCAGCAGGAACAAGCUUACAGGUUCUAUACCAGAGUCAUUUGGGUCGUUUCCAGCAAAAGUACCUGAUCUUUACCUAUCACACAACCAGCUCUCCGGUUAUAUACCAAAAACACUAGGCAAUCUUGAUUUUAGCAAGAUAGAUUUCUCUCGGAACAAGCUCGGAGGCGAUGCUUCGAUGUUGUUUAGAGCCAACAAAACGACGUGGUACAUUGAUUUAUCAAGAAACAUGUUACAGUUCGAUCUCUCUAGAGUUGUGAUCCCUAAGACACUUGGUAUCUUGGACUUGAACCACAACGGAAUCACAGGGAAUAUCCCGGUUCAGUGGACCGAAGCUCCUCUUCAGUUCUUCAAUGUUAGCUAUAACAGAUUGUGUGGACACAUCCCCACAGGAGGGACACUUCAGGAAUUCGAUACUUAUUCCUAUUUUCACAACAAGUGUUUGUGUGGUGCACCUCUUGAUAGUUGCAAGUAAAAGAUUCAAGCAGCCAAGCUAUUAUUAUUAUACUUCUACAAAUAAUCCAAUAAGUCUAUAGACAACUGUAUCUUUAUUUGGAUUGAUUAAUAAAAAUAAUCAACCAAACUUGCUUUGAUAAAUUUGUUGUAUAAUCUUCAAAACUUUUUGUUAAUCAACCAAACUUGUUUCUAGUA